GCUGUGCUUGAACUCUAUAACUGAAGGUUUUGGGGUUGGGGAAUAUUUUUGUUGUCAUUGAGUUAAAAUCAGUAAUGUCACAAACCCCAAACUGAGCUGCUGUUUUCAAUUCUCUUUUGAGGAUAAGAUGAGCCCCUGAUGACUCAGCACCAAAUGGCCUCGAAAACAACUGACACCAUAACGUGGUACCAGAGAAAGAUUGGAGCAUAUGAUCAGCAGAUCUGGGAAAGGUCCAUUGAGCAAACUGAGAUUAAGGGACUGCGAAGCCGGCCAAAGAAAACAGGCCGGAUAAAGGUUGACCUGAUAGAUGUCGACCUUGUCAGAGGGUCAACAUUCGUCAAAGCCAAACCAGAGAGUCCCUGGACCUCUCUCACUCGGAAGGGAAUAGUGCGAGUUUUGUUUUUCCCAUUUUUCUAUCGAUGGUGGAUCCAGGUAACCUCACUGGGUACCUUCACAUGGCUACUGGCUCUCUACCUCUUGGAAGUGAUGUCGAUUGGUCUGUAUUUGCUGGUGCCUGUCUUGUAUCUCAGUGAGAUUGUGAGCCCGAUGGUUCUGAUGCUGCUGCUGGGGACUGUUCACUGCCAGAUCGUCUCCACACAGCGAAACACCCCAUCACCCACAAACGGAAGCAGAUGCAGGAGGGCAACGCAGGCAAGAACCCUAUCGAGGAAAGUUGGACGUUGCAACUCAGGCUCUGGGUCCAACCCUGGGAGAGGUGCUCACUGUCGAACGAGGAGCCGUGUCUCUGAUGAGAAUUCCAGUGAGGAUACGGAGAGCCAGUCACGACGGCUAUUACUUCAGCAAAGCAGAGAAGUCACUUUGAACAACUUCACUUUACACCUCAGAAAGAAAACCCAGGUCCAAACUCUGGGGACAGCAAAGAGUGGAGAAAUCAUUCCAAGAUGGGAGAUUCCAAGACGAGACUCGGACAGUUUAGUGGACUCUGAGGUUGAAUCGACAGCCCCGACUCAGAACAGUUCCAAGUCCUACAUGACCUUCAGCUCCCUGACCUGUGACAGGUCACAGCCAGCAUCAGAGAGCAGCCAGCACGGUUCCGAGACAGAGGACAUGUUGUGGGAUGACCUCCUCAAUGGACCCCGGUGCCAUUCCUCUUACUCCAGUGAGAGUGAGUGUGAGGGCGUACACAGACCGACUCGGUCCAAGAAGACCCCAACAGAGGAGGCAAACCAACAGAACCACUUACAAUGGCUGUACAGCAGCAGCACAGCCUCCCAGCGGGUCAGUGCUAUCGUCUGGGAAGGGAACGACUGUAAAAAGUUUGAUAUGUCAGUUCUGGAGAUCAGUGAAAUGAUUAUGAAGAAGGCCAGUACCUUUGAGCAGGAGAAUGGUUACCGCAUCCUGGGAUAUUUGGUGACAACGAUCCUUACCUUGCUGCCCUUCGCAUUCCGCCUUUUCCAACACAAGGACGUUGAGCAGCUGGCGUCGUCUUCUGUCUCGGAGUUCCUGACAGUUGCCUGUGGUACAAGUCCUGAUGGACUGCUGCUCAGCCUGGUGCUCAUUAAUGUUAUGGAACGGUUCUGUCUGACAUGGAUGGUUUUCUUCAUUCUCUGCGUGGCAGAGAAAACAUACAAACAGCGAUUCCUAUUUGCCAAGCUCUUCAGCCAUCUGACAUCAGCGAGGAAGGCUCGUAAGUCUGAGAUCCCUCAUUUUAGGCUGAAGAAGGUGCAGAACAUUAAGAUGUGGCUGUCACUGCGUUCCUACCUGAAGAGGCGGGGCCCACAACGCUCGGUUGAUGUCAUUGUUUCAUCAGCGUUCUUACUCACUCUGUCCAUCGCUUUCAUCUGCUGUGCCCAGAUCCUUCAUGGCCACAUGAGCUUUCUGGAUUCUCUGUAUAACUGGGAGCUACUGAUCUGGGGAGCAGCCCUGGCCAUUUUCCUGCUAAGGUUGGUCACACUGGGCUCAGAGAUCAGCAGGAAAUACAAUAAUGUCUCCAUCUUGCUCACAGAACAGAUCAACUUGUAUUUAAAAAUGGAAAUGAAACCCAACAAGAAGGAACAGCUCUCCAUCGUGAACAAUGUGCUAAAACUUGCCACAAAAUUACUGAAGGAGUUGGACUCUCCAUUCCGGGUGUACGGACUGACUAUGAACCCUCUGCUGUACAACAUUACACGGGUCGUCAUUCUGUCAGCAGUGUCUGGAGUCAUCAGUGACCUGCUGGGCUUCAACCUCAGGCUGUGGAAGAUUAAAUGACCUUGGGCUUUGACUGGAGUCACAAGAAAAGGAGGCUGAAGAAAUGUGUGCAUACAGAUGGGAGACUGUCAAAUCUGCUGGGGAGUGUGGAAUGGGGAGGUUCUCCUAUUGAACUGCAUGGGUCAUGGCCCCCUGGACAACAGAGAGGGAGACACCAGGGCAGGAACAGUCAAGUAAGCUCAAGGGAGCCAUUUAGUAUUUUUUUCUUCUUCUACUGUCACCAGCCUUCUCCCUAGCAGAUGCUACAAACAGUAACACAGAAACAAUUGCAACAGAUCAGAGUAAAUGAAUGUGGUUGCAGAACAUCUCUCAGUUGUUUAAAUUCGAUUAUAUUUCAGUCUUUUCUCUGGUUCUGAUGAAAGAUGGUCUCAACCUGAAUCAUGAACAGCUUUUCUCUGCUCCUUGCUGGUACCUGACGACUUGAUUUCCAGCGUUUUGUUUUUUUU